AUGUCGGCAUCUCAAUUGCCUGGUGGUGAAUGCGCAAGCAUUCUUAAUAGUAGCGUCAACAAGAAGAACAUAGCCGAAUUCACAUGUCUGAAUGGGUUAAUCUCGACUCCUCUUGUGGAACAGUACCUGUUCCACAAUUCUCAGCUUCCGCGACCCCAUGUGGAUAGGAUGUCCCCAGAGGAGAAGAAGAAUCUGAAAGCCCACGUACCAGGUGAUCUCUACCAUAACAGCAAUGAUAGAAAGGCUGUUGCUACAAAAUUGAAGUCGGAGGACCCAGCUGCCGCAGCAGAAGUCAAAGCAGACCCACUCCACUACCAGGCAAGACAGAUUCUAUGGAAUAACUCCAACUAUCCUAAGAAUAUGAUUGAAGACAAGGAGGUCGUGGCCCUGAAAAUACAUCUGGAGAAAUUCCGUGCGAAGCUCGCCCGCGAAAUUAAAUUGAAGGUCGAAUCGGUGCUUGUCUUGGAGUUCAACAUUUUGAACCUGAAAGAUGAUCUGGGAAAUCCACUACAAACAUCCUCUCUAGACGACUUAAGGAUAAUGGUGACAUCCAAAGAGCAUGGCUCAGCGGUGAGAGAAGCCAUUGAGCACCUUUUCCAAUACACCCUAUGGCCUGCCAAAGGUAUGAGAGGUGCGAAGCACAACCAUGACGUCCUUGCUAAAACUUUAAGCGAAGCUGCCAAUCUCGUGUUCAUCACAUCGGGUAAAAGUUGCAUCAUCAAACAGAUUGGAGACCAGCUUAGGCAAGUAAAACGUAAAGUUCUGGGCAAAACAGGAAAGAACACAAAGAAGUCACCACAAUCACAUGAACAAUGUCCACCACUUGCUCCAACUACAACUAGAGCCAGCAUCCCUUGGCGAACAAAUAAUACCUUCCUUACCCACGCCCCACCAACCCACGAUCAAGCCUUCACACCCGAUCCAGCUGUCAACUACCUUAAAACCUCACCUCCUUACAACGAAUCGAACUUCAAUGAAUAUCCGGAGAUGAUCUUGUAG